AUGAGUUGGACGCAGCUACUCAGGGUCGUGUUCUGUGCAGUCUUCUACCUCCACUCAGCUGAUUCUCGAGCUGCUUCAGGCUGUGAGGGAGAUGAGUGCAGCAGGGACCAGACCUCCUCUUCAUCCUCCUCCUCUUUGUCACCCUCUUUAUCUUCUUCUUCUUUGGUGGUAAAAUCCCCUCAGCCCUCGCAGGAGUUCCUGGGUCAUUAUACCCGAGUGAGUUCAUCAAACAGCGGUGACCGUGAACACCGUGAUGCCAGCGUUGUCCUGCCCUUCAUCGGUCUUACAGGCAGCGCAGAGCAGAGUCGUAGCUGCUGUAAGAACGGAGGAACUUGUAUCCUCGGCAGCUUCUGCGCCUGCCUUCCGUUCUUCACAGGGAGGAGCUGUGAAUAUGACCAACGCAUCAGGAGCUGUGGUUUAAUUCCUCAUGGGGAGUGGGUUCAGAAAGGAUGCUCCUACUGCCGCUGUGGUUACGGUGUCCUGCACUGCUUCCCCCACAUUUUCCAGAAAGACUGUGAUGACUCUGAGGAGGUGCGCUGGUAUCGUUCAUCAGCUGUCAGGUCAGUUCGGAGUGGCUGUUUCCUGUAUCUGACGGUAUUUCUUCUUCUGCUGCUCCUCUUUUGA